GAUCCGGUUCAUAUGAAACUCCGACUCACCGGAGGAGAUAAUCUCACUGGGCUCUUCGUUUUCUCCGAUUUGAAGCAGCCCCAUUUUCGUGAGGUUAACAUCGUCGUCGUCUUCUCGGAAAGCCAUUGAUUUGACCAAUCCUCUCGACGGCGUCGCUAAUAUUUUAGUAGGUCACUCAAAUUUGAUUACACGUGGAGGUUUCUUAUUGGUAAUGACGUCUUCAAAUGUAAAUUGAAGAACCUCUAAGUUAGACAGAGGGUUACAGCCUUACAGGUAGAGGUAGUGUAUGUGAGAUCGGAGUUUGAGAGUUCGUCAGCGAGAGAAACGGAGAAAGAGAGAGUUGAAGAAAGAUGAUAAAGGCAGUGAUGAUGUUGAAUACACAAGGCAAACCACGGCUAGCUAAAUUCUACGAUUACAUGCCUGUAGAGAAGCAGCAGGAGCUAAUCCGCGGCGUGUUUUCAGUAUUGUGCAGUAGACCUGAGAACGUAAGCAAUUUUCUGGAGAUCGAUUCAUUGUUUGGCCCGGAUUCUCGGCUUGUAUACAAGCACUAUGCUACACUCUAUUUUGUUCUUGUAUUUGAUGGUUCAGAAAAUGAGCUUGCUAUGCUUGAUCUCAUUCAAGUUCUUGUUGAAACACUUGACAAAUGCUUCAGCAAUGUCUGCGAACUCGACAUUGUGUUCAAUUACAGCAAGAUGCACGCGGUGUUAGACGAGAUUGUAUUUGGAGGACAGGUAUUGGAAACUAGUUCCGCCGAAGUCAUCAAGGCUGUUGAAGAAAUAUCAAAAUUAGAAGCUGCCUCAAAUUCGAUUUCACUUGUCCCCAAGUCUGUUUCCGGGUGGCGUGGCCGUUAGCUUGGAAAAAACUUGCCUGAACCGUGAAAGAUAACAACAAGUCAACAAAACAUGUAACAAAAGUUUAUCCAAGUCUUGAUCCAAACAUGUUUGUUUAGUGAGCGUGAAAUGUUGCGUGGAUGGGCUCAGUGGUCUAACAUGGGCCUGAGAAUUGUAAUUGGGAGAAGGGAACUACAUGCUAUUUGAGAAUGUAACAAAAACGACGAGAAGUUAAGAUCUAUAAACGUGAAUUGAUGUCCAAAA